AGUGCCCGGAUGUUAUUGUAGCUAGCUCUCUUAGCAUCCCGGCUAGCCGCUCCGUGUGUCGCAUCGGGACGCUCGCGCCUCUUCCCCGCCCCGGCACGGACACAGCCCGGUCUUUACCGUCGGUAACCCAGCGUCGAUGAUCUAUCAUGAUAGAAGUUGAGUGAACGGCUCGUUAACGUCAGGUGUUACCGUUGAUUUCCAAACCGAUUUGGCGGGACCGGAUCGGUGAGCAGCCCGAGAGAAAGAGGCUACGAGCUAAGCUAACACAGGCCCGUCUGUUUGUUCAGGGAGCUAGCGCAGCUUCGCUUAGCCAUGGAGGACAAAUCCUUCACGAAGGAGUUAGACCAGUGGAUCGAGCAGCUCAACGAGUGCAAGCAGCUGUCGGAGAACCAGGUCCGGACCCUCUGCGAGAAGGCUAAAGAGAUCCUGACCAAGGAGUCCAACGUUCAGGAGGUGCGAUGCCCGGUGACGGUGUGCGGCGACGUCCACGGUCAGUUCCACGACCUGAUGGAGCUGUUUAAGAUCGGAGGCAAGUCUCCCGACACCAACUACCUGUUCAUGGGGGACUACGUCGACAGAGGCUACUACUCUGUGGAGACGGUCACGCUGCUCGUCACGUUAAAGGUGCGUUUCCAGGAGCGAAUCACCAUCCUGCGAGGGAACCACGAGUCGCGGCAGAUCACGCAGGUCUACGGCUUCUACGACGAGUGCCUGAGGAAGUACGGCAACGCCAACGUGUGGAAGUACUUCACAGACCUGUUCGACUACCUGCCGCUGACCGCGCUGGUGGACGGGCAGAUCUUCUGUCUGCACGGAGGCCUGUCUCCCUCCAUAGACACUCUGGAUCACAUACGAGCUCUGGACCGCCUGCAGGAAGUCCCACAUGAGGGCCCGAUGUGUGACCUGCUGUGGUCAGACCCCGACGAUCGCGGCGGGUGGGGCAUCUCCCCCCGAGGUGCUGGCUACACCUUCGGACAGGACAUCUCUGAAACCUUCAACCACGCCAACGGCCUCACCCUGGUGUCCCGCGCCCAUCAGCUGGUCAUGGAGGGAUACAACUGGGGCCACGACAAGAACGUGGUGACCAUCUUUAGUGCUCCGAACUACUGCUACCGCUGUGGAAACCAGGCCGCCAUCAUGGAACUGGACGACACUCUCAAAUACUCUUUCCUUCAGUUUGACCCCGCCCCACGCCGCGGCGAGCCCCAUGUGACCAGACGCACUCCUGACUACUUCCUGUGAAUGUCCAAAGCCAUCCCUGUCAAUCAUCCACCGACUCCACCUCCUUGUCUCCUCCCCCUUUCUCUCUAUGCCCCGCCCCCUCCAUCAUCCUCCCCUCUCAUUGGAUGGAAAGAUAUUAAUAGUAACGAUGAUGCUGUACCAGGGAGAAUAGAAACAAACGAUUGGCUGAUGAUUUUAAACGAGCGGCGCCCUCUACAGUUUGUUUUCACUCUGCUGUCAUUAACGACACGUUACCACGACAACAUCUGUUUUUUGUUUUUUUUGUUUAUUACAUGUUUGAAAACGAGAUAAUAAAACUACCAACGUGGACCAAAUGUGCCAUAUUCUGAUCCUUUACAACAUGUACGACGUUUCCUCAACGUUCCCUCAGCGUUUCUUUUUGUUUCCUCGUUUUGUUUUUUGUUUUUUAGACCAGCACUAAAC